AGAGAUGAUUUUAAAUGGAAUUGCAGUAACUAAUCAUACCUUAUCAUAACAUCGACAAAAAUUCAGCCUUUUUUGCACAAUGCUGGGUCGUAAAGUGACACUGGCGACUUGCGCAUUGAAUCAAUGGGCACUAGAUUUUGAAGGAAACCUUCAAAGAAUUUUAAAAAGUAUUGAAAUAGCAAAAUCAAAAGGGGCAAGAUACAGACUUGGGCCUGAACUGGAAAUCUGCGGGUAUGGCUGUGCCGAUCACUACUUGGAAUCUGAUACCAUUCUUCACUCGUUUCAAAUGCUGGCAGAACUUUUGAUCUCUCCGGUCACUGAAGACAUAAUAUGUGAUGUUGGAAUGCCAGUCAUGCACAAAAAUGACCUCUAUAACUGUAGAGUGAUUUUUCUCAACAAGAAGAUUUUGUUAAUUAGACCAAAGAUGACCAUGGCAAAUAGUGGCAACUACAGAGAGUUACGCUGGUUUAUGCCAUGGAAUAAACUGAGGACAGUAGAAGAGUAUUCCCUCCCGGAUAUAAUCCAAACGGUGACUGGACAGGAGACAGUCCCAUUUGGUGAUGCUCUCAUAGAAACCAAGGAGACCUGUCUUGGAAGUGAAAUCUGUCAGGAACUCUGGGUUCCUAAUAGUCCCCACAUUGCCAUGACGAUGGAAGGGGUGGAGAUAUUUACUAAUUCGUCGGGGAGCCAUCAUGUCCUUCGGAAAAAUUACUUGAGGGUCGACCUUAUAAAGUCAGCUACUGCAAAGAAUGGUGGUAUUUAUCUCCUUGCCAACCAGAAGGGCUGUGAUGGUGACCGCCUGUAUUAUGAUGGCUGCGCUAUGAUUUCUGUUAAUGGGCAUCUUGUGGCUCAAGGAUCCCAGUUUUCUUUGGACGAUGUGGAAGUUGUAACUACCACUCAGGAUUUGGAAGAUGUAAGAAGCUACAGUGCAGACAGGAUAUCUGCAAGAUUAAUGCUAAAUGAAGCAGAGCCGUAUCAUCGGGUGAAAGUCAACUUCGCACUCUCUUCAGUUGGUGAUAUAUACCUGCCUUCCAUUGAACCCAUUCGGAUCCGGUGCCAUACACCAGAAGAAGAAAUCAGUCUUGGACCUGCCUGUUGGUUGUGGGAUUACCUGCGACGUAGUUCCCAGGGUGGUUUUCUUCUACCUCUUAGCGGAGGCAUUGAUAGCUCAGCUACAGCCUGUAUUGUCUAUUCCAUGUGUCAUCAGGUGUGUCUUGCUGCAAGUAAUGGAAAUCAGCAGGUGAUAGAAGAUGCCCAGAGGAUAGUGAGUGAUCCUCAUUACAUUCCCAAAGAUCCACGGGAAUUCUGUCGACGCAUCUUUAUCACUUGCUACAUGGCUAGUGAGAACUCCUCACGAGACACUUGCAACCGAGCCAAAGAACUAGCAGAGCAAAUAGGCAGUUACCACAUAAACUUGAACAUUGAUCUGGCAGUGAAGGCUGUGAUUGGAAUUUUCAAUUUGGUAACUGGCAAACUUCCACAGUUCUCAGUGCAUGGUGGCUGCAGAAGAGAGAACCUGGCUCUGCAGAAUGUGCAGGCAAGAAUCCGCAUGGUGGUUGCCUAUCUCUUUGCUCAGUUGUGUUUAUGGACUUGUGGAAAACCUGGAGGAUCAUUGGUUCUUGGAUCAGCCAAUGUGGAUGAGAGCCUUCGAGGAUACAUGACCAAAUAUGAUUGCUCCAGUGCAGAUAUCAAUCCGAUCGGUGGCAUCAGUAAGACUGAUUUGAGGAACUUUAUACAGUACUGUAUUGAAAACUUCCAGCUCACAGCACUCCGAAGCAUUAUGUCUGCUCCACCAACUGCUGAGCUGGAGCCGCUUUCAGAAGGACAAACAUCUCAAACUGAUGAGGCCGAUAUGGGGAUGACAUACGCGGAACUGUCUGUCUAUGGGAAACUAAGGAAGAUUGCAAGGUGUGGCCCUUACAGCAUGUUCUGCAAAUUAGUCUACAUGUGGAAGAGUAUCUGUACUCCUAGGCAGGUGGCUGAGAAAGUAAAGCAUUUCUUCCGGAUGUAUUCAAUUAACCGGCACAAGAUGACUACUUUGACCCCUGCAUACCAUGCAGAAAAUUAUAGUCCUGACGACAAUCGGUUUGACCUUCGACCAUUUCUGUAUAACACUACGUGGUCUUGGCAGUUCAAGUGUAUUGAUAACCAGGUCUCAAAGCUCGAAAGCAAUCAAGAAAAUCGCAUUGAUGGUGUUUGCAAUGAGCUUGACUGAAUGGCACUACCUCAGUGUUGAGCACAGCUGCCUGCAAUGGAUAUAGGCCACUGUGUACCCACAGAAUUAAAUUUCACAACUUGUCAUUGAAACUGUACAGCAACAAAACCAGAUGGUUCUGAUUAAAAUCCUUUCCUUAUAAUGUAAUAAUAAUUUUCAAAGACAUUCACUACAACAAUUGUAACUUAUACUUAAAUAGCAUCUUUAACAUAGUAAAACAUGCCAAAAGGUGCUUUAUAGGAGUGUUAUAAAACAAAUAUCGUCACCGAGCAAAUGAAGGAGACAAUAUGGACGAUAAAUGCUAGUCUAGCCAGCAACCCCCACAUCUCAAGAAUUAAUAAACAAAAAGGACAGGUGAACAAAUGUUUGGUUAAAAAGAUGGAUUUUAAGCCAAGAUUAAAAGGAGAGAAGUGGAAAGGCAAAAGCUUUUCAAGGAUGGAAUUCCAUUACUAUUAAAUCAGCAAUUACAAUUAGCGAUUUUAGAUUCACAGCACUGAUUUUGGAACAGAAUGGUAGCAUGCAGUUAUAAAGGAACUUAGCCUUAGCCAAUGAGAACUCUAUGAAAUGAUCAUCUAAUAGACAUUUAAUCUGAAAUGUAGGACAAUGGGUUUUACUGUGGAAUACAAAUGAUGAAUGGAACUUCAAACAAGAAAUUUCAGAGCUACUCAGCAAAUGAGAGAAUGCAACAGGCUUCAGCUGUCUGAGGUUAAAUCUGAAAAUACUAUAAAGAGUGUAAACCUAGUGUUGUCAUCAAUGCUGUAGGAUUGUUACCAAAUACAAUUUAAUUUGUAUUCAGGCUGUGAAGAGUAAAGUAGAAUUAUGUUGCUUUUAAGUCAUCAGCCUCAUCACUAUGAGACAUCAGGAUCUAUAUUGCCUUGUCAAAGAACCUGACCAUCAUUCACAAUUAACUUAGAGUUUCUGAAGGGCUCAUACACAACUAACAUCAGAGGUGAGGGUACAGUGGCAUACAGUCAAAUGGGUGUGGCAUUUGUAGCCAUCAACAUUGACUCUGCAUUCCAUAAGGACCCAUGGCUGCAGGUUAUCACUUAUUUCCCUGCUUGUGAUAAAUCAGUUUUCCUCCAUGUUGAACAGAACUUGGAAGAAGCACUGAAGGUAACAAGGGGACAGAAUUUAUUCUGGGUGCAGGACUUCAGGGUCCAUCACCAAGAGAAGCUCACUAAAUCACCACUGACUGAACUGGCCAAGUCUCUCUUAUUCCUUUAUCCAGCCUUCAUUGCCCAUCCCUAACUCCUCUUGAGAAGGUGGUGGUGAGCUGCCUCCUUGAACCUCCGCACUCUAUAUGAAGGUCAUAGUUGCUAGACUGGCCUUGUGGCAGGAGUUCAGAGAAUCAACAUGAUAGAUUAUCCUACAUGACCUUGUUCUCAGCUAUCUAACUGUUACAGAUGCAUCUGUCCAUGCUAGUAUUAGGAGGAGUGACCUUGUGGAAGCAAGAUCCAUGCUUACACUGAGGAUUCCCUCCAUCAUGUCAUGUGGCACUAGCACCAUGAUACAAGGAAUAGAUUAAGUAGCAGCUCAAAACUGGGCAUCCAUGGGGUGCUGUGAGCCAUGAGCUGUGGUAGAAAUGUUUUCAAUUACAAUCUGUAACCUCAUGGCUUGUCAUAUCCCUCACUCCUCCGUCAUCAUGGAGCCAGAUGACAAACCUUAGUUCAAUGACGAGCGUAGAAGAGCUGUAAAUGCUGAAAACCUGUGCUCCAGAAUUAGCAGCACCUCUAUCCAAGCUGUUUCAGUAGAGCUACAAUACCUGGCAUAUACCUAACAACAAUUUUCAGCUGCUUACUACCUCUCCGUCCCCUGAUCGUGUUGACUCUUUGUUGGGAUUUGGUUCCAUAUGGUACUCGGGCCUUCCACUUUCCUUACACCCUCCCCUUUAUUAGCCAUUGUGUAUGUGCAAGUCUAAAUACUAAAUGCAGACCCGCUAUUCAACUGCGCAUGGGCUAGAUUGCACCGCAGUCAACAUUCACAUAAGUGAAUGCCUGUGCCAGAUUCUAAAAGAACUGCCAGUGAGCCCCAGUCCCAAUCUCUUUCAUGAUAACCCUGUAAACAUUUAGGUAGAAUUCCACUUGUAAAGUUUGCUGUGAACAAUAACAUUUUGUUGGCUGUUGGAUGGGUUGAAAUUGGACUCGUAUUUAUAUGAUGCCUUUUAUGAACUCAGGACAUCCCUGGUAAUUUAUUGUCAAUGAAGUACAUUUGAAGUGUGGUCACUGUCGUAAUGUAGGAAAUGCAACAGCCAAUUUGCACACAUUCAGCUCCCACAAAUAGAAAUAUGAUAAUGACCAGAUUAUCUGUAUUGUGAUGUUGGUUGAGAAAUAGAUAUUGUCCAGGAUACCAGGAGAACCUCCCAGCUCUUCUUCAUUUUCAGGUCGACCUAAAAAUGCACUGGGGCCCUAGGGCUCAGUUUAACAUGUCAUAUGAAUAGGGUACCUCCAAUAAUGAAAAACUCCCUCAGUACUGUACUGUAUCAGCCGAGAUUUUGUCCUCUAAUCCCUGGAGGGGGAUUUGAACCCAAAUCUUUUGAUUCAAAGAGGAGAGUACUACCAUCUACAACUGAUAACACUUAAUGGCUGAGAUCAAACUCGGGGCACUGAGGCUAACUAUGGCACCAAUACACCUAUUAUUAUGGGACUGUUUCAAAGAAGAGCAGGGAGGUUCUCCUGGUGUUGUCAAUACUCAAUCUCUCAAGCAACAUCAUUUAAUACAGGUGAUCUGCUCAUCACCUCACUGCCUUUUGUGGGAUCUUGCUGUGUGCAAAUUAACAUAUCAAAGAUUGAACCUGGGAACAUGCAAGUAGCAUAGCUGAUCCCAGCCUGUGAGCCACUGGGCUUUGUAACGGUGAGCUUUAAUUAGCAUGUAAAGACCAUAAGACAUAGGAGCAGAAAUUAGGCCAUUCGGCCCAUCGAGUCUGCUCCACCAUUCAAUCAUGGCUGAUAAGUUUCUCAACCCCAUUCUCCCGCCUUCUCCCCGUAACCUUUGA